AUGUCUCGUGAUCACGUGUCCUCGGAAAUUUCCGAAUCUCAAUCAAACAUAAGUACCUCCAAUUGUUUGCUUGAUGCAAAUAAUUCUGACUUUGAAAUAAAAUCAAAUGUUCAAUCUACAAUUGAAUCUUUUCUAAAUGAACAAUUAUAUGAUGUACGACUUCCAAAUUCCUCUAUUGAUGAUAAUGAUAAUAAUGAUAACGAUUCCAUGUUGAAAUUGAAAUUACCUCCUCAUGAAACUGAAAUUGUCUCUUCAUUCGAAUUGGAUUUACCUCAUGAAGAUUUAAUGGUCAAGUUACCAGCUGGUUCUGAUAAACAAUUGAAAAAUCUUUCAAAAGCUUCCGUACCAAAUAUUGUUACCAAGAAUCUUCCUACAAAAUUUGAAGAAGAAGAAGAAUAUAUUGAUGAUGAUGAACUCAAAGCUAAUUCUAUUAAUGAAGAUCAUAUCGCUGAUCAAUGUAUUGAUGAAAUAUCAUAUAAGCAAGAUAAUAGUAAUUUAUACUAUUUAUCUGAACGAUCUAUGUCACCUGAACAUUUAUCGCCAGUGAUCGAAGAAGAUGAGACUUUGAUUCCUGUACAAAAUAGUCAAAUGUCCGAUUGUUCUACAUUAAAUGAAUAUGAUCUAAAGGAAUUAAAUUAUUCCGAGGAUCAUCAUAUUGAAUCACAUGCUCAGGAUGAUAGUGAUUUUGAACAGUCAUAUAAUGAAAUUCAAUAUGAAGAAGUUGAACAAUGCCCUGAACUAGAUGCUAUUUAUGAAUAUCUGCAAACUCUAGAUCCUAAUAAUAAUGAAGCGGAACGAAUUAGUCACCAAUUACAGAUUAUUCGUGAAGUACCUUACCCCGUAGAUCUUCCUUUAUCCAAUUCUUG